UAGAGUCUAACUCUAGACUCUAAAUUACAGAGAGAUAAGAAUUUAAUUUUAAGCUUUUCCUUUUUCUAGAUCUAGAGUGACUAAAGAUGAUCUAGAGUCUAGAAUAAGUUUAACUAGAUCUAGAAUCUAGACUUACUAGAUCUAGAUUCUACUUUAAGUUAAAUUGUGAAGGCAGGAAUUUAAAAAAAAGCAUCAUUUGUAACAAAGUUCUGUUUUCAGAGUCUAUAAAGCUGUACAAACUGAAAUGUCAUUUUGUUAACAAACAUCAGAGCUUUGCCUACAAGGACAUACAGUAUUAUAUAUGGUUGUAAAGCUCUGACUGAGUAAAGAAAGCCAGGAUAUUUUCAGACAUUAACUUUCAUUAACAGCAAUUAGAAUGGCUCAUGGCUUAGAAACAAUCAACAUAUCAAAGGCAUCUACAUUAACUAAUCUUUUCUACUUGUUUUUCCAUGGAGGAAAAGCAGCUAUUAUGCCCUUUCUGACACUUUUCUUCAGACUCAUUGGACUUAACGCUUUUGAAGUUGGUAUAAUCAUAGCAGCCAAAACUGUGACUGGUAUGAUUUGGGCACCACUAUGGUCUCGAUGUGCUACUGCCUACAACCGACAUCGGUCUGUGAUUAUGUUUUCUCUGUUCAUGUUAGUAGCUACUUAUCUGUCAUUGCCCGCCUUGUACACACAAAUAUCCAAGCCAGAGCACUGUCUUCCACAAAGAGUUACUGAUAAUGCUUCACUGAAACAGCCCGAAUAUACCACAGAUCUACAGUCAAUAGCAAGCACACAAAAAACAGAUGUCCUCAUGACUACAUCAGCAACAACAAAAUCACCUGUUCUAGAAAAUGUAACUACACUUAUUAUUGAGUCUACUUCUACAGGAUCUACUGUUUUCUUGAACACAACCGGUGUUUUUAAUUUAACAAAUAGUUCAGAAGCAGAAAUGGAUAAAUCCCCUAGAGCAGUUACAGAACUCAUUCUUGCUUCAACCACAGCAAAUGACCUGAGUGUGUUUCUGAAGAGGUACCCCAGUAUUCUGAGUCAUCUUAAUCUCACUGCAGAAGACUUCAAAGAAUUUAAUUUUAGCUACACUGAUUUAUUAGAGUUUUUGAACAUUAGGGCCAACUACUCUAGUGAUUUAAGUGAGGAUGAACUGGGGGAACUAGGACAGGAAACACCCUCAGAAGCCACCAGUGAUGAAACAAUUGAAGCAAUUCAUAAGCGUCUUAAAAGAAAUGAUUGGACAGAUCUAGAACUAUUAAAAGAAAAAUUCCACACCAUUCGCUCAUCUCUGCAGACAGACAAACUGUUGCUUUUUUUGGUGAUCCUAGCAAUAGUUGUCGUUGGGGAGAUAUUUGCCUCUCCAGUCGAGAAACUUGCUGAUGAUUCCUGGUUUGACUUUUUAAAUCGAAUUGAUGACCUUGAGCGUUAUGGUCAGCAAAGGUUUUGGGGCUCAAUAGCCUUUGUAUUUGUUCCUGUUAUUGUCACAGUUGCUGUAGAUUAUUCCCCUUGCUUCCUAUUUGAUCAGGUACAUCACUUUUUGAUUCAUUUCUUUAUCUUUGCUGUCUUAAUGUUUUCUGCUUGGUUGGUUGCUUGUUGCUAUCCUUCCCCACCUCCUGCUAAUGGAAGAAACUCUUCUAAACUCUGCAAAGGUCUGAACCUUGUGUGCUGUGAUGGGCGUGGAUUUCUGUUCUCAGUCACACUUCUUUUCACCGGACUUGUCUAUGCAUCCUACCAUAAUUUUUUGUUUUGGAGAAUUCAGGAUCUUGGUGGCAGAGAAACUGUGAUGGGCUUGUGUGUAAGCAUUGCAGCCUUUGCUGAAAUCCCGAUGCUGAUUCUCAGUAGUCACUUGGUGAAGAGACUGGGGCCAAUUUGGCUUGUGUCACUCUCACUGCUAGUGCUGAGUCUCAGAGUUUUAUUCUAUGCAUUCAAUACAGAACCUUGGGCAUUUCUACCAGCUGAGCUUUCUCAUGGCCUCACUCACACAUCUAUGUGGUUUGCCAUCCUAAGCUAUGAAGAUUUUAACUUGGGCUUGUCCAUUGAUCGCAGCUUGCGUACCAUUUUAUCAUCAUUCUAUUUUGGAAUCGGUUUUUCAUCGGGCAGUCUUAUUUCAGGCUUUAUUUUUCACUCUUAUGGGUCCAGUUUUCUGUUUUGGAGCAGUAGUGCUCUGAUUGGUGGUUGGUGCAUUCUCUUCUCUUUAAUACAAAAAUGUCUGCCUAAAAAGCAAAAUGUGAAAUACAUCAAGUUAUUGAAGAGUGAAUCUGAUAACUCUGACGAUGAAGAGGAAGAUUGGCUUGAAAUGGCACUCAAGGAUCACUGAUUUUAAAGUCACUGUUUACAUAUUCAUAAAGAAAUUCCAUGCCAUUUCCUCAUUAGAAACAUUAUUCCUUUGUUCACCUUGUUAUUCAGAGGAACCAAUAUGUUUUGUUGCUUUAGAGUACAGUAUAAAAUUAGUGCAAUAUUACAAUUUUAUAUUUAUUAGAAAUACAUUGUAAGACGUUUUUAUUUGAUCUAUUUUUUUUUAUGCAAAAUGUGUUUUUCUCACUAUAAAAAUGUUCUCAUAGAAAUUAUCUAUAAAUAUUGAUUAUUUCCCCUUCCUACAGAAACCACUAUGUGCCUAAAUGUUUUGUUUUUAAUUGAAGAAAAACCUUUAUCUUUAUUAGCUUAUUUCCACAGUGUUUAAUUUUUAAAAUAUUAAAAUGCAAUGUCAGCUUUAAUUUUUUUGGGUUUAAACCUUAGCAUCCUUUCUUAUACUGUAUCAUGUUUUUUUUUUAUUUGUAUGUUUUGCUUACACCAUUAUUUUUAUUUUUUCUCUCAUCCAGGUAAGAAACAUAAAUAUACUGUAUAGGUAUUCCCAUGUUUUAGAUAUUUUUAAUCAAUAGUGACCUGUUAACUAAAGCCUAUAGAUCUAGGUUUUACUGCUGAUGUUGACCUUGAAUGCAUGACUAAAUAAAAAAAUUGCAAACCAUUAGCAUUUUAAACACAUUCCUUUUAGUCUUUACAAUUAGUGUUGUGAAUGAUGUUCAGUAUUAUUUACACAACUCCAAUCUAUGAAUCUCAUUUGCCUUACAAUAAAAUUGUCUUCCAUUGUGUUCAAAGCAAAUUAUUUUAUUUUUACAAAUCCAUUGCAAUGUAUAAUUUCAAGUGCAUUCAAUGAAAGUAUUUUGAUUUGUUCAUUCCAAAUUGAAAUUGUUUUUAUUUACUUGUGAUGCCAGAAUCCUUUUUAUUUUAUUUGUUUAAAUCCAGCAUUUUUUGUUUUUACUGGAACCAAUUACCAGUUAACUUUAUAUUUUGUGACAAUAAAAUUAUAUUGUGCAAUAAUAAAUUCAUGAUUGUUUUGUAAACCCAGGUACAAAUAUUUGUUCUCAAGUUCACAAAAACUAAAAGUGAAUAAUUGUUCAGGUUUUUUAAUUUUGAGAAGUUUUUUUUUGAUAGCAUAAAUCCAACUUAUUGCAUUAUUAAUUUUAAGUAUCAAAAACAAAUGUUGUCGAUGUUUUGUAUUAGUAUCCUCCAACUUUAUCUUAAUUUUUUUCCAGUGGUGUAGCUAGGAAUUAGACAUCAUUUGUGGGCCUGGGGGGCUUGACCUUUUUGGGGGCACCUGCAUUUUGCGUAAUAUUUAAUGUAAAAAAUCACUCUUUUGGGACACCACCACCACCACCCCCCCCCCCCCCCCCCCCCCAAUUGGAGGCCCUGGGGGGUUUUCAAAAUCUCCCCCUCCUUCCCCCACCCUAACUACGCCUCUGAUUUUUGUCUUGAACCACUUGCAAUUAUAGAUUUGGGAAAAAAAAAUAUUGUAGUCAUUGAUAAGAUUAUAUAUAUAUAUAUAUAUAUAUAUAUACUUUUACUCGAUACUAUUUUUAGCCUAAUUGAUACUAAAGUAGGCCAACUUGAUAAUAUUCAGAAUUUUUUGGUCUUGCUCACCUCCUAGUUUUGUAUUUUAAGUUAAGGUUUUUAUGUAUUCUCUGGGAUCAUGCAUAUAUGACAUAUAAGUACUAAUGUAUAUAAAUAUAUAAGAUCUACAUAUGUACACAUUUAUCUAUCAAUAAUUACAGGUCUAUAGUACUAUAUUUAUGUGAGUGGAUAUUGUUUUAUUUUUGCCUUAACAAUGAGUGAUACAGUUGUAUGCAAGGAGAUGUCUCUCUGGUGCUACAACAUGUGCUAGUGACAUGUGGGGUGAAGUUGUGCCUUAAUUAGUUCCAUUAAUAAUUGUUUUAAAAUGUUAUUUAACUGUAAGAGCAUUAAAUUUUAAAUUAUUUUCCUUUUUUGUUUGAACUAAAGAAAAUGAAUAAAGUAGUACUUUUUUCAAAGGUGCAUUUCUACUAAAAUAGUGGUAUGACUUCAUAUCUAGCUACUGUUGACAAUCAAAAUAUGCAUCCUCACAAAGUAUGCUUGUGUUUUAAUGGGAUAAUAAGAAUGUGUUCCAUACAUUUUUAGUAAAUUAAAAAAAAAAAAUUAUAUAAGUAUUUUUGUUGACUUGCAUGUCCACUAGAUGAGGAGAGGGGAGAGAGUUUUGUUUUUUGAAAAAGAGAAAUAAAAGUCUAGGUUUCAUUGAUUCCUUGUAAAAAAACAACAACAAAGCAAUGUCAAAAAAUAGUUUUUUUUGCCUAGACUAUAUUGAUAAUGUAGUUGAGAAAAUGUAAUAAGUACAUAAUUUUGUCAUACAAAUGUUUCGCUUGUAAGAAUUAGUUUUAUUGUUUUAUUACCUCUGCACUACAUUGAGAGCAACUAAAACAGUUUUGACUGUAACACAUAUUGAAAUAGUUCUUUGCAGAGAAAAUGUUCUAUAUAGAUCUUUGCAGAUAAUUUUUUUUUUAAACCUAACCAACGAGAAAAAUUGUUAACAAAUCUAAAAAGCUUAUCGAUCACAGCUUACAAAAUGAUUCUACAAUUAUUUUCUUUUUGGGUUUGUUAUUUUAAGUUGAAAUCAUUGAACAAUUUGAGCUUUCUGUUUUGAUAUUUGAACAUUUUGGUUUAUUAUUAGAUAGAUGAAUAUAGUGUAAAUUAUUUUCUUCAAUCAUAAUUUUUUUUUUUAAUAUGUCUUCUUUCCUACACAUCAAACUGCUGUGUAGGAAAAUGUAUUCACCUGCCAAAAAAUUUUUUAUUCCAACAUCACAUCAUGUGUGAAUGGUUAAACUUAACAGAAAUAAAAAUGUCUCUUUGUUUGUAAUUUAGGUUACAGAAUGAUUUCCAUAUAAUAACAAAUCUGGAAUUUUAAUAACAUUAUAAAUAUAUCACUGCUUUUAUUUUUGGUUCCCUCUACAAUUUCAUUUUGAGAACAUUUUUCCCUACCUCCCCCCAAACCUAAUCCCUUGCCACCAUUUUUUGUGUGUGUGAAAUGUAGCCUUGGAGAAGUAAUUCCUAGUUGCCCUUGCCCACACCUGUUGCCCUCCUGAUGAAAUGUGGAUCUGAGAUUGGGGUCAGUGACAUUGUUUACAUUAGACUCUUGAGUGAGAGGCUUGUUUUAGUAGCACUUGAUGACUGGGUCUAACUUGGACUUCCUGAAGACUCAUCUCUCCUUUUUCUCUCCAGUAGGGACUAAUAAUUUCUAUAAACAAAUGCUUACAAUAACCACUACCUGCCACCAUCUACCACUACCUACCACAACCUACCACUACCCACCACCACCUACCACUACCCACCACCACCUACCACUACCUACCACCAUCUACUACCACCACCUACCGGUACCUAUGUUGUUGUUUUUUCUUCCCUCUAAACAUGCUUUCCUUUAUUGUGUUUUUUUUUUAAAUUUAAAUUGAAAGGAAAUAAAAGUCAAUUAAAAGAUUGCUAUGGGGCUUCAGAUAUAUUUCAAUUUUUUUUUUAAAUCUGUAACAUGCUUAAUGUAGAAUUGAGGACUGGUUCAUGUAGAGCCGAUUAGAAUGGAAAGUUACAUCUUCUUAUAAAGUUAAUUUCAUUCAAAACACAAGAUGUCCAUUGGCAGAUUAUGUAAGUUCACCUGGCAUUUUGUUCAGGGAGGGGGCGUGGUUAAAGAGAAUGUCAAGUGGUCAGCACAACAACCAACCACUUUUGCUUGUUCUCAUUAGAGCUUUGAGGCCUUAAGACUUUCUCAAAUCAGGAAUUCCUGAUCCCAUCCUUCAUGUGGCUCUGAGUCAUUCAUGUUUGUUGUUUUGAAAGAAAUAACUCUUUUCACCAGAAGUUUUAUUAGCUGCUAUUCAGAUGUUUGGUUUAACAGUUCUACGCGCCUCGAAAAGUAAAAAAUAAAGCAGUUCAUAUAUUAUCUCAGGCUCUUAACAGAGAAGAUAACUACAUCCUACAUGUAUCCAUUGUGUCAAUCUAGUCAUGUUAAUCAGAGAUUUAAAUUCUGCUACAUUUUUUAUUUUAUUGGUUGCUUCAGGCAACCUAUUCCAUGGAAGUAGGAGCACUUCUAUGAAUAUGAUCUAGCAUAUGGAAUACGAAAUGUGUAUUUUUUUUUUCUUCCUGAGUAUUGAAUUAAGUUUUGUGUUUGUAUUUCUUGUUUUCUUCACUUCAGUAGAAGUAUUGCCCAGUUGAAGCAAGAAUGCAUGAUUGAAUCAUUAGUAAUAAUUCUGUCUUUUAAGAUAAAUAAAAUAUAUCUAUAUGUAGAUUUUUUCUUUCUUAUUUUAGAUUGCAGGUAAUCAAACCUGCUUGGGAGGAACCCAGGUUUUCCGAUAUCCAUGAUUUAUAGGCCAAAAUAGUUGUCUGUGCCUGAAUUUGUUUAUAAACAGAGAACUCAAAAAGGGAGGCAUUCCUUUCCAGUUUUAACUUUGUGUGAGCCAAAUGGAAGUGUGUAAACAAGAUGGAGUAGAUAUGUCUUGAAUAGUCUGGAUGUAUUCAUUGCCUUAAUAUAUAUGGCUUCCAAGACCUAAACAUAAACAUAGUUAAAUCUAUUUAUAGAAGGUGUGGGAUAUACAUGUUCUAUAUUUAGCAGUGCUGGGUGACAAAGACUUAGGUCUACUUUUCAAAGUGUUGCCUAGUAGCAGGUAGAAUAAUUUGCUUUGUUGUAGAAGUCAAUUAAAUGCAGAAUAAUAUAUAUCUAGUAUUUACCAAUCUUUAUUGUAUUUAAUGCAAUAGCUAAGGAUAAAUUUUAGACAGACUUUAACUAAUUGAUCUGCCUUGGGCUUGUCCAAUGUUAUGUGCCAGACAGAUGCUGUAACAAGGCUAAGCUAGUUUGUUUUUUUCCUAUGCAUUGUUUUGUUAGUUUGUUGAGUAUUGUUUUAAACUACUUUAAGAGCUCUUUUUUUCCACUCACUAGUUCAUGUAUCCAUCAUGUGCUGUGACAGUUAUAACUACAUUUGUAAUGAAACUUUAGCAAGAAGUUUAGCCAAAAUGGCACAAAGUAUAACAAUUAUUAUAUCGUAAGUUUAUUUCUAAUUGCAUUACACUAUUAUAUCUUUGGUUGUGAAAUAUUCUGGGACUGUAAGGAUUUUAAUAUACCAUUUCAUUAUAAGC